UCACCACUUCCGGUUCGCUCCCGGAAGUUGCGCUGUGGAGCCAAAUUUGAAGCCCGCGGGGACGCGGGGGCGCGGCCGCGAAGCUGGACCUGUCGAGGUUUCCUUGGCUGCCUGAUCCCCUUUAGAUCAGUCGUCAUGCCUAUUCGUGCGCUGUGCACCAUCUGCUCCGACUUCUUCGACCACUCCCGAGAUGUGGCCGCCAUCCACUGCGGCCACACCUUCCAUCUUCAGUGCCUAAUUCAGUGGUUUGAGACAGCACCAAGUCGGACCUGCCCACAGUGUCGAAUCCAGGUUGGCAGAAGAACCAUUAUUAAUAAGCUCUUCUUUGACCUUGCCCAAGAGGAGGAGAGUGUCUUAGAUGCAGAAUUCUUAAAGAAUGAACUGGAUAACACCAGAGCCCAGCUUUCUCAGAAAGAGAAGGAGAAAAGGGACAGUCAGGUCAUCAUUGACACCCUGCGGGACACGCUGGAAGAGCGCAACGCCACUGUGGAAUCCUUGCAGAAGGCCUUAGACAAGGCUGAAAUGCUGUGCUCCACCCUCAAGAAGCAGAUGAAGUACUUGGAGCAGCAGCAGGAUGAGAGCAGGCAAGCCCAGGAGGAGGCACGCCGACUCAGGACCAAGAUGCGGACCAUGGAGCGGAUUGAGCUCCUGCUCCAGAGCCAGCGACCCGAGGUGGAGGAGAUGAUCCGAGACAUGGGUGUGGGACAGUCCGCGGUGGAGCAGCUGGCUGUGUACUGCGUGUCCCUCAAGAAAGAGUAUGAGAAUCUCAAAGAAGCUCGGAAAGCCUCAGGGGAGCUGGCUGACAAACUGAAGAAGGACUUGUUUUCUUCCAAAAGCAAGUUGCAGACAGUCUACUCUGAACUAGACCAGACCAAGUUGGAGCUGAAGUCGGCCCAGAAGGAUCUACAGAGUGCUGACAAGGAGAUUGUGAGCCUGAAAAAAAAGCUAACGAUGUUGCAGGAAACCCUGAACCUGCCACCAGUGGACACUGAGACUGUCAACCGCCUGGUUUUAGAGAGCCCAGCCCCUAUGGAGAUGCUGAGCCUAAAGCUUCGCCGACCAGCCUUUGGUGAGGACAUUGACCUCAAUGCCACCUUUGAUGUCAACACCCCUCCAUCCCAGGCCUCCAGCAUCCAUCAUAGCCGUGCCAAGAAGCUCUGCCAAGAGAUAGCACACUCUCCCGUUCAGGACAUCUCCAAGAAGAUGGCCAAAGGCCCCAAGCAGGAGUCCCAGCUCUCACUGGGCGGCCAGCGCUGUGUGGGAGAGCCAGAUGAGGAGCUGGCCAGUGCCUUUCCUGUCUUCAUCCGGAAUGCCGUCCUCGGCCAGAAACAGCCCAAAAGAGCCAAGGCAGAGCCCAGUCGCAGCACAGAUGCAGUAAGGACAGGAUUCGAUGGGCUUGGAGGUCGGACAAAAUUCAUCCAACCUACGGACACGUCUACGAUCCGCCCACUGCCUGUGAAACCCAAGCCCAAGACUAAGCAGAGAGUGGUGGCGAGACGAGUGCUCCCUCCCUCCCAGGCCAAGCUGGACACCUUCCUGUGGUAGUGAAAACAGUGAGCCAGAUCAAUGGCCAGAUAUUGUGCCUCCAAGUUACAGGCCAGGACUGGCUCUGCAGGGGGAGUGGGGGGCAUGGCCCCUCUUCCAGGACCAGCCCCAAGGGCAAGGGUAGACAAAAAGAUGGGGGUGAGGGUGAGGCCCAGAAGCCUUGCUUUUCCUGCACUCACCCUGCCUGUCCACCCCCCCACCCCACCCCAACUGGGUCUACCAUACUGGGCCUACGUGUGGCUCCUUGUUGAAGGCCCCUGUUUAUAGCCGAUGUGCCUGGGCUGCUGCUGGUUCUUGAGACUAAGGUCUUUUGUUGACUGUGUGGACCAAAGUGCCUGGGGCUUCUUGGGCAAUUUCAGCCUGCCCAAGCUUCUGCCUACUUCUGACUUGCUGCUAGGCAUGGCCAGAGCUGAGCAGGAUGGGGAUGGUGAUAGGGAGAGGAUGGUUGGGCAGGGGAGGGGAGAUUUCUAUGUAAAAUAA